AACAAACCUUGCCUCCUCCAACAGAUCUAAAACAAUAAAGCUUAGCCUUGCUAUUUACAACCCUACCCUCCCUCUUGCUUCACUUCGACUUUGAACCCGAAAAAUGGAGGCAUCCACCAUAUCACAUGACGAGUCAUCGUUAAGCCGGCCACUGAUAGCCCACCAAAACAGUUUAGAACGCAAGCUAGAGGAUGUAGAGGCAAACUCUACCCACAACACCACUUCCUUCUACAAGACCUGUUUCCAUGGUCUCAAUGCUUUAUCAGGAGUUGGGAUUCUGUCGAUUCCAUAUGCAUUGGCAUCAGGAGGAUGGUUGAGUUUGAUACUUCUUUUCAUGCUCGCCACAGCAGGGUUCUACUCAGCUCUGCUAAUUCAGAGAUGUAUGGAUGUAGAUUCCAAUAUCAGAACAUACCCUGAUAUCGGAGAGCUUGCUUUUGGAACCAAAGGAAGACUUGUAGUCUCCAUUUUCAUGUACAUCGAACUUUACUUAGUCGCUACAGGCUUCUUAAUUCUUGAAGGAGAUAACCUCCUAAUUUUGUUUCCUAAUCUAGGUUUUCAACUAGCCGGACUCACUGGGAAACAAACUAUUGUCGUCCUCGUCGCUCUUAUAAUCUUGCCUUCUGUUUGGCUCGACAAUUUGAGCAUACUUUCUUAUGUAUCUGCCAGUGGGGUAAUUGCUUCCGUCAUAAUUCUUUCUUCAAUCUUAUGGGCUGGUGCUUUCGAAGGAAUUGGAUUUCACCAAAAGGGUAGCAUGAUCAACUGGAAUGGAAUCCCUACCGCUGUCAGCUUAUAUGCUUUUUGUUACUGUGCUCAUCCAGUUUUCCCUACUCUCUACACUUCCAUGAGAAACAAACGUCAAUUCCCUAACGUAAUGCUUAUAUGCUUCAUCUUAUGCACUGUAAGCUAUGCAUCAAUGGCGAUUGUCGGCUACUUAAUGUUCGGUUCCAAAGUUGAAUCACAGAUCACUUUAAAUCUCUCAACUGGAAACCUGGGAUCAAUGAUAGCAAUAUACACAACUUUGGUGAAUCCCAUAUCCAAAUAUGCAUUAAUGGUGACGCCAAUUGUCAAUGCCAUGAGAAGCUCGUUUCCAUUUCACUACCUUAGUAACAAAAGAAGUUUUGGCUUGUUCAUCAGCACCGCUCUGGUAGCUAGCACUGUAAUUGUGGCUUUGGCUAUUCCUUUCUUCGGCUACCUUAUGUCACUUGUGGGCGCGUUCUUGAGUGUCACGGCUUCCAUCAUAUUGCCAUGCUUGUGUUACUUGAAGAUUUCGGGGAUUUACAGGAGAUUUGGAUUUGAGAUGAUGGGGUUGAUAGGCGUUAUACUGCUGGGGGUUGUGAUUGUAAUCACUGGAACUUACACGUCGCUUGUAGAAAUUUUAGAUCAUUUAUGAACAAGCAGUACUAAUAAUAUUUCGUUGUUACUAUUUUAAAAUAUUUUGUUAGUCUAUAAGUAUCCAAUUCCAAAUGGAAAUAGCAAACCUAACAUGUCUUUUCCUGUUA